GUCCCGGCGACACCCGGCCGCCUCCUGGGGGUGCCGGGGCCCCGGUGGCGGUGCCGGGCGCUGCCCCACGGGGGCGUGAGGCGGGGUGGAGAGGCCGGGCCGGGCCGGGCCGGGCCGGGCGGAGCGCCUGCCCGUCGGGCGGCUCGCUCCGUGUCUCCGGCCGCGUCGUACCCGCCUCGCUACUUCCUUCCCCGCCCGGACCCGCGGCAUGGCCGGGGAGCCGCUGUCCUGCCGGGUCUCCCUGGGCAGCCGCCCCGCCGGCUACGGCGGCGGCGACCUCGGCAGGCUCCGGGAGCGCGAGUUCCCCCGGCUCCGAGGGAUAACUUACCUUGACCAUGCGGGUGCAACACUCUUCCCAGAUAGUCUGCUUAAAGCUUUUACUGACGACCUCAGAAACAAUGUUUAUGGCAACCCUCAUAGUCAGAAUAUCAGCAGCAAGCUGACAUACGACACAAUCGAGCAUGUCCGAUACAGAAUAUUGCAACAUUUUUGCACUACUUCUGAAGAUUACACUGUCAUUUUCACAUCUGGAUGCACAGCUGCACUUAAACUGGUAGCGGAAGCAUUCCCGUGGAUACCUGAAGGCACAAAGCAACCCAGUAGUCGAUUUUGUUACCUAACUGACAGCCACACGUCAGUGGUGGGUAUGAGGGGGAUAACUGCCUCAAUGAAUGUAUUAUCUGUUCCUGUAAAAGCAAAGGAAUUGUUAUCUGAGAAAAACUGGUUACCAGCUGAAGAACAAAACUGCACGACACCUCAUCUUUUCUCUUAUCCAGCUCAGAGCAAUUUUUCUGGUACCAAAUAUCCCCUUUCAUGGAUACAGGACAUAAAAUCUGGAAAACUCUACCCCAUCAAAAUACCAGGGAAGUGGUUUGUUCUUCUGGAUGCAGCUUCGUAUGUGAGCAGUUCUCCAUUAGACUUGGGAGUUCACCAAGCUGACUUUAUCCCUAUCUCAUUCUACAAAAUCUUUGGAUUUCCUACUGGUUUAGGAGCAUUAUUGGUAAACAACCAGAUUGCCCCCCUCUUGAGGAAAACCUAUUUCGGAGGUGGAACUGCAGCUGCGUACCUCGCAGGAGCGGAUUUUUACUUCCCAAAGAAAUCCAUGGCAGAAAGGUUUGAAGACGGCACAGUCUCUUUUCUUGAUAUCAUUGCUCUGAAACAUGGAUUUGAUGUUCUGGAAAAACUCACAGGUGGAAUGGAGAAAAUAAAACAACACACCUUUGCAUUAGCUCAUUAUACCUAUAAUGUGCUGUCUACCUUAAAAUAUGCCAAUGGGGCACCUGUAGUAUGUAUUUACAGUGACACAGAUUUCAGCAAUCCUGAUGUCCAGGGUCCAAUCAUUAAUUUCAACGUGCUCGAUGAAAAUGGAGAGGUGAUCGGCUUUUCACAGGUGGAAAAGAUGGCCAGCCUCCACAACAUACAUGUGCGCACAGGUUGCUUCUGUAACACAGGAGCCUGCCAGAUGCAUUUGGGUAUAAGCGAUGAGGACAUCCAAAGGAACCUGCAGGCUGGCCAUGUCUGUGGAGAUGAUAUAGACCUAAUUGAUGGACGUCCCACUGGUUCUGUGAGAAUAUCCUUUGGCUACAUGUCUUCUUUUGAAGAUGCACAGACUUUUUUGAAAUUCAUCGUAGCCACCAGGUUCUCCAGGUCAGACACUGAGAUUCCCUUCCAGUCCUCUGUUACAAAGCUGAUGACAGAGCCUGUCCCAGAUGAUUGCACUUACUUUAAGAAUGCAGAUGAAUUGUCUUCAAGAACGCACAUCUCAGACAGAGAACUUGGAAAUAAUUCAUCUGUGACAAUGAAGACUGUUGACUGGCAGCCAUCGGAGUCUGAGUCAGAAAGCAUAAGGGCAACUAUUUCUGAGACUGCGGUGCCAACGUAUAGAAGAGAUGGGAACCCCAUUACUGUCACCAACAUUUACCUCUACCCAAUCAAAUCCUGCUCUGCAUUUGAGGUUACAGAAUGGCCAGUAGGAAACCAGGGCUUGCUGUAUGACCGUAACUGGAUGGUUGUAAAUCAGAAUGGAGUUUGCUUGACUCAGAAGCAGGAGCCAAGGUUGUGUCUUGUAAAUCCCUCAAUUGAUCUGAAGCAAAAGAUUAUGGUCAUUCAGGCAGAAGGCAUGGACACAAUAUCUGUAUCACUAGAAGAAAAUACUGGAAAAGAGGCCGUGAUCUGCGAGAGUAAAGUCUGUUCGCACAGGGUAAAAACGUAUGACUGUGGAGAAAAAACUGCUGGCUGGUUCUCUAUGUUUCUUGGUCGUCCAUGCCGCUUGAUAAGACAAAGUCCAGACAGGAAAAACAGCGUGCAACAUAAAAGUACAAAAGGUCUGACCUGUGCUACAAGCAUCUCACUCUCUCUUGUGAAUGAAGCACAAUACCUCCUGAUAAAUGUAGCAAGCAUUCUGCAGCUGAAAGAACACAUUUCUGCAAGAUUGGAAGACCCAUUGGAAAUAGAGGAAUUAAUCCAGCGUUUCCGUGCCAACAUUGUCAUCAGUGCACCAGAGUCCUUUGAAGAAGAAGAGUGGGCUGAGAUUUCAAUAGGUGCUCUGCGAUUCCAGGUUGUGGGUCCGUGUAGCAGGUGUCAAAUAAUCUGCAUUGAUCAACAGUCUGGGGAACGAAACAAAGAAGUUCUACAGUCUCUGUCUGCUGCAAGAGGUAGAAAGACAAACUUUGGUGUAUACCUGAUGAACCAGCCCUUGUGCUCGUCCUUUCCAGAUAUGUUAUCUGUUGGGUCUCAAGUACUUCCAGUGUUGAAGGAGAAUACAGAAAUUCAACGCCCAACAUCCAGUGAAGAAAAAUGUUCAGGAUAGAAGAUGAGACUUACAUGCAACUCUAGGGAGAAGUCAGUAGCCAGUUAUUCAAAAAAAAAAAAAAAAUCUUCCGCUCAUUUGCUUCUGCUUUGAGUUUUUUAAUUUUCUGUUUGCACUAAAUGUUAUCAGAUGGCAGUACCCUUGAUAAUUAGACUUCACCUACAUGUUUUUGCUUGUGAUUAAGUUACAGCAGCCAUAACUCUUAUUUUGUUCAAUUGCUUCAGGAUGCAACAGGUUUGAUCAAGUUUUACUAGUGGAUGACUCCCAAAACAAGCCCAACGUUGUUGUCAGAAACCCACAUCUCAAUGAAGGAAAGUAAACAUAACAAUGAACUACUUCCUUAUGCUGCUUUGUUAAAACCACAUUUGGGAGAGAGGACGCAGGGCGUGCUUUAGAAACAAGGUAGGUGGGAAGGGGAUAGUGGAAGAGUGACAGGAGAGUAGCAGUCCUUUCAGCUUUUCAAAAGUGAAACUGCAGGUGACGUACAGACAGUCUGAAGCACAGAAGAAGAGUGAGUUGGCAUUGGAAAAUGUGUGUCAUCCUCUUGGGAAAAGGUGUCUGAGGAUGCCAAAAAGGCGCAAAGAUCAAUGAAGAUUCAGUAUGCCUUUACAAAAAGACAUUCCUAUGAAGCAAUUUCAUCCAUUUGUUCUCAGUGUCUUUUUCUCAUUCCCACUUGCCUCUUUUCCAUCUGAUCCAUUUUAUGUGAUGACUUCCCACACAUGUUUCCGUACGUAUUUGAGACUGUUGACAUAUUAUUUCUAAUUAGAGAUUUCUCAACUAAUCCAGUCAUAAUUUCUAUACAAACUUUGCUUAUGCUUAGCAAUCUCAAAUGGCCAAGAUGUUGAAACAUCCACUUGAGGGAAUUCUUGAAAGUCAAGAAUGCUUCUCCAUCCUGAAAAGGUCAAAGCAUUCUUUUUUCUUACUCAUUGUGGUAGUUCCUGAGCAUUUGAUAAUGUCCUUCUUGGAAGGCUUUUAAGUUCUUGACUGCCAUAAACGACUCAUGCUUUCUGAUUGUCUGAAACCUAGGACUUAACUGAUACAUGAAUUCUUGCAAAAAUAAGUAAAUAAAUAAAGCCACACAUUGAGAGAGAGAGAGAGGGAGGGAGGGAGAGAGGGAAGAAGAAAGAAAAAGAAAGCUUGGGAAGUCAACAUAAAACAGGAUUGAACGUACUGUGGCCAGGUGUUUUGUGACUGCUUUAUUGCCAAUUGGGAAGGGAAAUUUUGACCCCAUAAAAAGCACUGUCUGAACUCUUGUCUAGCAUGAUUUAGGCCUUCCUUGGAGUAGUUUUGGCUCAAACUGUGUGAAAGGGCUUCUGGCUGAAUCAAUGCUUGAGUUGUUUGAGCGUAGCCCUCGAGGGGAGCAGGCAGCUUUGUGAAAGAAUUGGUCAAACAGUCCUUCUGAAAAGGGAGUGAUUACCCCAGAGCAGCAUACAGUGGGAAAAGGGAAGUGCAUCACCCGGUGUGUGAAUCAGAAUUCAGUAGAUAGGUAGUCUUUUCUUUCCUUUCUCUUUUUUUGUUCUUUUGAAGAACUGGUUUUACUCACUUCAGCUGGAACAGACUGUUAUUAGUCUCUCAGCAGAGCUUUGUAAUGGAAAUAAGGAGAGACACUAUCUGUUUCUUACAACCUGCCAUAAAAUACGUGGAUAGAGAGAGGUGUUUUAUAUGUAUGUAAACUGAGGAUCAGGUUUUUGAGGAUUUUGUGAGUUGUAUCUUCCACUUCAGAGCACAAGCAAUGCUCCUUGAUGUCUGCUUUGAAAGCCAGCGGUUUUCUCUGUCUAAUAGUCAAUUAUCUGAUGUUGUAAUGAGCAGGCUUUUUGGAACCUUGAAAAGCAGUUUCCUGGUUUCUAAAUCUCUUUUGCUGUUUCACUCUUUGCCUUUCUGUUAUGCAGAACAUUGCUUUGUUGGAUAGAAAGCCAGCACAGCGCUGGCAAAUUUAAUAUGAAGAGACCUGCUGUAUGCUGACCUUCAGGUGAUCUCUGGCGCUUUACUCUGUCCUCUUCACCUCACCAGUAUGUCAUUUGUUUAAAAUGGCACAGAAGUUAGAAGAGGAAAUUGAAAGCAAACCUCAGCAAGCUCUGUUUUACUUGUUAUUGGAUUUACUGCCAAAUAAGUCACUUUGGUACACAGUAGCUUGACAAAUACUGUUUGUAAAUAGCCUUAAUGCAAUGUAUGAUAACUAAGGAUGAGAGGAUUUGAACUUUAAAAAUGUCAUGCUUGGUCAUUCUGACCUAUUAUUUACAGGCAAUUACACUUUCUCUCUCCUGUGGCCUAGUAAUAUUGCAUCAAGAAUAAUUUUGUCAUUUUACAGGGGGGAAAAACAGUUUCUCUGAUGUAUGAACAUGCUCAUUAGUAUAUUCUGUGCAUUUCCCACAAGGAACAUCUUUGCACUGUAGCGAUAGGAAAUGUCACAGUGCUUCAGAUUGAUGUAAGAGACACAAGGAAUCUUUCAUCUCAACAAAGAAUAAUAUUUCCCUUAUAGUAAGUGGAGUGUCACCACCAGUAUUGAGAUGUCUUCCCAUCAAUGAAGACAGAUUCUUCUCAAUGCCAAUACUUUGUGGAAAGUCUUGAAGUAGGAGGAUUCAUGCUUAAACAUCAUGCACUGUAAGUUUUGUAGAAAGAACAUCGUUCCCAUAACGUGAUAAAAAAUUCAAAGAAUGGAGAAACUGAGCAUAAUACAAACUGAGGUAUGGCAUGAGCGAAAAGGACAUAAAAACUUCAAAACACUAUGUAUAUUAUGUAGAAAGAUUAAGUGCAUUAUAAAGGGGUCACUUCUCAAUGUUCUGAGUAUAUAGAAAAAAUACAAUUUCAUAUGAAUGCAGACUCUUUCAUCUAAGUUCUCUCAUUGCUGCAAAAUUAAAUCUUUGGACUAAUUACAGAUAUAUAUUUACUUUCUAUGGAUAAAAAAUGUAUUUAAUACAACAUUUCCAGAGUGUUGUGUGUAGAAAGUCCUCUACAUAUUUGAAAACUAAGUCUAUAUUUCCUUACAAUAAAUUAUUCAGACACAUUCUAUUUUCCGUGGGACUUAACUCCUUCUCAAAUCUCAAGGCAAAAAUUAUGAUUAUUACAAGCUCCAAUAAUAGCCAAGAGGUUGGAAUCACAGAACAUAAAUCAGCAUUUUUAGGAGAAGCCUCUGAACUGUGUUCACUGAUAUGACUAAGAUAAUUCAGACACAUUGUGUUUAUACAUUUUCAAUGGCAUCUUUCAAAAUGUGGUCAAAAAUUUUGGUCAUUGUUCUGUCAAAAUCAUGUACAAAUCAAAAGGAAAGACUGCAUAAUAACUUGAUUGUUGUUCACAAAUUACGGAAAUUAUGCUAUGCAUUUCUUCUUCGGUCUGUUUUUUAACUUUCUUGGAAAUGAGGUCAAUAAAAUACAUAUUGUGCUC